ACAGGGCGCACUGUCAGGUUUGAACUGAACUGGGAUGACCCUUUACUUGUGCGCCAUUUUUCAUCCGGGUCUUUCAGCUCAUCGCACUGAAGGGAAGAAAAAGCUGUGGAAAAGCCGUGACUUUUUUCCGGAAUGGAUUUAAAUAGUGUCAAUGGUCUCUACAUCCUCCUCCAUGUGUUUGGAGCGGUCUCGUGUCGCGCGCCCUCUAUCGGGAAGAGCGCGAAUAAACAACUCCUGCGUGCUCCUAGGCUUCAGGACGGUGCAGAAUUUACAAAGGUGUGGACCAAAUCCUCCAAAUCCCUCAUCUCGUAUGAAAGUGGAAGGAUAUAUUUUGAGAAUUACAGGUGCUCCUACACCAGCCUAACACCUCAACCACAGCUGUUGUAUGAGAUGCCAAAGCGAUCCAAAGCUGAGAAGAUUGAGGAUUCCUUAUUGUGCCAGUGUCCAAUUGAUAAAGCACUCCCAUGGGCCUUGGAGCAGAAACCCAGCCUUCUAGCCCUAACGGCUAAUAACUGGUUGUAUCACCUCUCAGCCGAUACAGGACAAACACUGCACAGAGUCUACCUCUCAUCUCAUUUCAAGUUCAGAUCGCUGGGAUGGGAUGUCUCUCAGGAAACAUUUUAUGUCAAAACCAUUCAGCAUAAACAGACACCACUAGCACGACAGGCUGGUGUUGAGAACAACGUCCUCAUGCAUUUAGCCAUAUUCAAAGUCUUUCCUCUUGAUGUUAUUGGACUGCUGGAGAUCAACAAAAAAGUCUUUGGUAAAUCCGUUGUUGAUGUUCUCCUGUCUCAAGGAGUGUUGGCUGUGUCACACAGCUCAAAAUGUGUAAAGCUUUACAGCUUUGAAUACAUUGUGAAAAAGUUCAGGACCAAGAAGCUGGUACUGGGGCAGGAGUGUGAUUUGUAUGGUGCUAGGGGAAUAGUGGGAGACGCUCCCUAUGGCAUUCCAAUCAACAUUCACAUUAAGGAGUGUCCUCCUGCACUGUUCGAGAUGUCAUACUUGGAUAAUGGGAUCCAGAUUGGAGGCCACCCAUGGCAUUACAUCUAUACACCUAACCAUAAGAGACACAGAGGGACACACCACAUCUGCUCAAUCAGAGAUGGUGCCCUGGCUAAGAAUGGUGUGCAGGAUAUGAAGUGCGACUCACUGGAGGCAGACUGGAUCUUCUUCCACCCGGAUGACUCGGGCAGGAUCAUCCAUGCUGGGCCCAGUACCAUAAAUGUUCUGAAAAUCAAAGCAGAAAAAGAAUUUCAUUCAGAGUAUGAGGUGGUCUGUGACUUCUCUAUUAUGGCAUCCCGAGGAAAUAGCGCCUCCUCCCAAGUGACAGUGACCUCCUCUGGACGAACAGUGAAGAAAAGAAUUCAGCAGCUGGAAGAUGAUCCUGAGCAGGAGACAUUUAAGAUGGUUAAAUAUGAAGACGAGCUGGACCUGCUAGCCAUUGUGGAUGUCAGUCACACAGAAGAUGAGGGACAAGCCAGUGUUCGCCUCCACCACAAUAAAAGUGGAGCAUUACUGAAAAAAAUUGCCCUUCAGGAACCAUGGGAUGUGACCUACAGUCAUGAAGUCUACUUCGACAGGGACACGAUCAUUCACAUUGAACAAGAGAGGAACAACAGCUACUGCUGCCAUGUUUACAAGAUAAACGAAGGACAAACUGAUGACCCUGUGAACACGUGAAAUCGGAAACAACACACAGCUCGUAUAUUCAAAUGACCAGCUAGAAAUAUUUCAACUACGAUAUUAGUUAGGCUUUUGGGUUUGUUUUGUUUUUUGUCUUUCAUUGAUUUUCCACAGACUCAGUGUGUCGAAUAAAAGUAAAGUUUGUGGUGAUGUCACUUUAAAAAGUCACGCAGUAGUUGAGUCACGGUGACGUCACUGUAUUUGCCGUUAACCGUUCGUUAAUAAUAAAGUUUGUUUAGAAAUCAGA